ACUUGCUAAAAGUACCUAGGUAAGUAUAAUCUUUUACAUCCAUCCUGUAAUUCCUAUCUACUAGGUAAUAUCCAUCUGCUACUCCUACACCUACAUCUUCCCCUCGAUUCAGCUUUUUUCCUCUUAUAUCUACCCAGUAUCUUUUGUUUUUAAUUAAUUUCUCAAACAUUGAUUCUUUUCUUCUGCUUCCUCGAUUUAAAGUUCUAGACAAUCACUAUAAACAGCACUCCGUCCUACUUCACUUCACCUAAAAUCACCACUGCCCUGUCACACACCCCCUGCUUUAUCGGUACCAGGAUGACUUCCUAUCGACGCUAGACAAAGGGCAAAUUACUUUUUGGCAAGCCGCAGCAUCUGACUUUUCUAAUAAACACUCAGUGCCACUCUUGGUCAUGAGCUCGGAGAUUUCACCUCGUGCUGUACGCUUUACACACGGGGACGACGGCCAAAUAUUUGAUUCAUUAAAACCUUCGGUGAUCAUGGAACGUCCACAUAUUGAAACCAGCGAUUCUGCAGGCUCAGGCUCCUCUGCAGACUCACAGGACUUUGUUCAACAUUUAAGCCCUGAUGCUGCACACGAUGUGCAUCCCGAUACCUUUCUUCCCAUCGACCCGCGCCCCCAAAUGAAUAAUAUGAAUUCAAGCUUACGAAGUCGAGGCAGCAAUUCGGAAACAAAUGGUGCAGUAUAUGCUCGCGAAACUGCCUUCAGUAAUCCACAGCAAACCCCGUUGAAUGGCGCAACCGCCAGAUCUCAGAGGCCCACGGCACCAGCCCGGACUCCUUCGAGUACAUACGCGCCUGCGCGCAGACCUCCACAGGCUCCAUAUAUGUCAAUAUCGGAUCGCCAUCGAUCUGGUUCAACCUCUUCAAGAUUUAACAGACAGGAUCCCAGUGGCGCAUAUCGUGCGCAAGAAAGGGCUUAUGUACAACGGUUACGGCAAAAUGAGCCGUUCGAAUAUUUUGAACCUUAUACCCCAAGUCUUGGAUAUGGAACAGGAUCAGAUACCGAGGAGGAAUCGCCAUCAGAGCUACAAUUCGAUGCCGACCCAUUCGACCAAGAGACUGUACUUUUCUACAACAAUGAUGACAUACAGCCGACAGCAGAAGACUUGAAAGAUCCCGCAAAUAGAGAACGUCUGGAAUGGCAUGGGAUGUUAGCCUCUGUCUUGACGGGAGACGUAGUCAGGCAGGAGAAGAAACGACUUAUUGGCAAUUCAGAAAAUAAGGCAGAGAAUAUUGGCACUGAGAUCUGGCUCGGGAUACGAUCGAAAAUAUGCGGAAGAAGUUUAGGAGCCCAACGACGAAUACUAGAAGAUACACGGGCUAAUCUCGAUACCGUCCUGGAGGAGAUUAUUAAGUUUCAGGUACAAGGUGAGAGUGAGGCUGGAAAGUCGCCAAUUGAUCAAGUACGGGACAUAGUCGCGAAAAUUGAGAAGUGUGAAAGUCUAUACCCAUCUCGCACUGGCUUAGAAAUUGCGAGCAAAUUGGCAGCGUCGACGCAAUUCGCUGCCACUUGCGAUGCUGUCAUAUCAUGGCAUAAUACUACCGAACUCAUUAACAUUGAGCUUGCUAUCCUACAAAAGUGGGUAGGGAAUCCCGAACUCGACUUCAACAAAGUGAGACAGCGCUCGCCUUCAGGGCAUGGACUUUCCGAUGAAUCAUCGUUCAUUGAUAGGUUGCUCAAGGAGGACGGCUUGAGAUCUUUGCAGGGUGAUAAAAGCAUACUUCUAGGUGUAUCUGAGGUCAUCAUGAAAGCUAAAAAUACACUUAUUGAGAACUCGGAGGGGUUCGCUAAACGUCAUUUACCUCCUUACAUCGAAGAAUUACUCACACUCAUAAACUUUCCUUCACGCCUUAUCGAAGAGAUCAUCAAGGUUCGGCUGCAGUAUGCCAAAAAAAUGCGAGAUUCCACCCAACAAAACGCGAUGAUGGCUGAGCAAAUGAUUUCACAGUUCAGAAUACUACUCAAACUUGCCAUACUGAUUAAGCAGGAGUACCUUACCAUAUCAAAUCCUGAGCCUGGAUGGGAUUUACCACCUUGUAUUGAUGAGUCUUUUGACCAGGUAGUUCUGGAUGCGCUCAAGUUUUACUUCAAGAUGCUCAAUUGGAAACUUGGUGGAAACAAAAACACUUUCAAAGAAGCAGAAGUUCUUGAGCAAGAAUGGGACUUUUCUAAUGAGAUCGGACGACAUCUACAAGGUGGUGAUGUUGAGGUUGCCGAGCAAUUUAGUUCUCUAACCCAUAAGGCCUUCUUUCGUCUGAACACCACUUUUGAAAAAGAAAUGGUGAGGAAACCAAAGGAAACAGCUGCCGAGAUGACAAAGCGAUAUAAGCAGAGUCUAGACUCCGUUCGUGUACGACAGCGUAUGUUACAACGAUUUUCGAGGGUCCUGAGUGAUCGUUUCGAAAACUCGACGGAUUUCAGCAUUGCUAUGAAGCAAAGUGGCUUGCAAGAACUGUACUCGAGGCUUAUUGAAACUGGUCACUUUUUGGUUUAUACAGCGAGCAUCGAGCACGAUGGUAUUUUCCUCAUAGCCUCUCCUUCUUUGUACAACCGACCUCAGGACAUCCAAUCAAUCCUAGGAACAUGCUAUCACACAGGAGAUGUACAAGAAGAUACUAGCAACCCUUACAUAUUAGUUCUUCGCCCGGAAGUCCCAAUAGGAUGGGAUGGGCGUCAAGUCGAUUCGGCUUUGAUAAACAUCAACAUAGAUUUGAAAGUGGGACAUCUUAGACUUAUCGCAGACGGGUCACAAGCCAGAUUAUCAAAUGCUCGGUUGGCAUUCUUAGACUCUAUCGGCUUACAUCUAGAUAUGGUGGUUGAACAAAGAUCACAUCUCAAGAAAGUUCACAUCAAAUUGACUGACAUCAAGAAAGUCGUGUAUAAAUUAUCGAAUCUGAUCAUGGACAGUGUAGAAAUUGUCCGAAAACAAACAGAAGGGCUGGAGUGUCAAGAACUUAUCCAAACCUGUUUCAUUUUCGCUACUGAGUUUGGUCAGAGGUCUUUACCUUACAUGGAUCGAAACCGGAAACAAAUGAACAACAUCAAGCUCACAAAGAUCGCCCUGGAUUGGGUGAGCUUUAUUUGCGAUGACUGUGUUCCAACGGAUCGUAAAACUUUCAGAUGGGCGGUUCUUGCAUUGGAAUUUGCCAUGGGUAUGACCCAAGGUCAGCAUAUAUUAGCACUCGGAGAGGACGAGUAUACAAGGCUUCGAUCGAAAGUCUCAGGAUGUAUGUCUCUGUUAAUUUCACAUUUCGAUAUUAUGGGUGCAAAGUCAAACCUGGCCGCUCAAGCAGAGAAACAGCGCGUGGAAACAUUGAAUGGCCAAUUUAGGAAGAUGGACAUGAGGGGAAUGGCUGACGAUGAGGAAUCGGCGGCAUUUGUUCUGAACCAACGCCUUGAACUGAUAGCUGAACUUGAUGAAGAACGAAAGGUCAUAGAGGCAGAAAGGCAAGCUCUUGGCAGAGUUCUUGAAGAGAAUAAUGAGGCAGAUCGAUCUCUCACACAUCUUUCUGCUUCUCCAUCCAAUAUUAAUAUGCGCUGGCAACAAGGAAAUUUUGUUGGUGGCGGUACCUUUGGAUCAGUGUACGCUGCGAUCAAUCUGGACUCGGGUCAUCUGAUGGCUGUGAAAGAAAUUCGUCUACAAGACCCUAAUCUUAUUCCAACAAUUGCUGCUCAAAUAUCGGAUGAGAUGCACGUCUUGGAGGUUCUCGAUCAUCCCAACGUUGUUUCAUAUCACGGAAUCGAAGUUCAUCGCGACAAAGUUUAUAUUUUUAUGGAGUACUGUUCUGGUGGGUCACUUGCAGGUCUUUUGGAGCAUGGGAGAAUCGAGGAUGAGCAGGUUAUAAUGGUAUAUGCUUUGCAACUUCUGGAAGGUCUGGCAUAUCUUCACGAAAGCAGUAUUGUUCAUCGUGACAUUAAACCAGAAAGUAAGUUUUCUCCCGCCUUCUUCAAAUCACGAUCAUUUAUCUAACCAUGGCUCUAGAUAUUCUCCUUGAUCAUAACGGCGUGAUUAAAUAUGUAGAUUUUGGUGCCGCAAAGGUUAUUGCUCGUCAAGGUAAAACUCUCGUUACCGCGACCACGGCCACCCUCGCCAACAGAAAUAAAUCCAUGACUGGUACCCCUAUGUACAUGUCACCUGAAGUAAUCAAAGGAGAGAAUCCAGGACGGCCUGGUUCAGUCGACAUCUGGUCACUCGGCUGCGUUAUUCUUGAAAUGGCUACAGGUCGCCGUCCCUGGACGUCUCUCGACAAUGAAUGGGCCAUUAUGUACAAUAUUGCCCAAGGCAACCCUCCUCAAAUGCCAUCACCAGAUCAGCUCAGUCCACAAGGUAUUGAUUUCAUCAAGAAAUGCUUUAUUAGAGACCCCAAAAAACGUGCUUCGGCGCCGGAGCUUUUGCAACAUGAAUGGAUUGUUGCGAUUAAGAACCAGGUUUCUAUCGAACCACAAACACCAAGCGAUAGUGGAAGCUCUCAGUCCAGUGCUAGGGGAAGUUUUAUGAAUUGAGUCCUGAUGAGUACUUGCCUUUGACUAUAUAUCUUUCUUCUACUUUUCAAACGAAAAACUCUUCCCUUUGUAUUUGCACUUGUCAGUAUUAUUAUUCUUUUGGUCAUUGGGGAAAAGCGCAGUACAUGAAGCGUCUUUUGGGAGGAAUUGGGUUUGGCACAAUGGUUGAAUCGGAAUUGCAUGAGGGAUAUACAUAAACAUGAGAAUUUUCAUCAGCGAUGAGUUGGGAGUUUGUGUUUUUCUUAGCAUAUAUGUGUUUAUGGGAAAACUGGGGAAACUUUCGACGUCUAUUUGAUUGUGCGGAUGUGAAUGUAGUGCCGCGUUGAUAUUGAGGGGCUGAUCUGGAGAAGAAGCCAGAGGUUUAAUCCGAGAAGUUUUAUGGAUGAGUGGGUGUAAAUACAUGCAUAUAAUCAAAGGACGAGUCGGGAUUGGGUUUAGGGGGAAAGGGUAUAAGCGGUAUGAGGGACAGUAGCGGAUGAGGUUGCGGAAGCAUAGAUAUUGUGAUGGAAGGAUGGAACUAGUGGUAGUGACUCCUGUAGCAAUAAAUCAGCAAAAUAAUGAAAAGAAAUAAUACUGCCAAUAUGGCGGUGCUGUUACAGUAAUUAGUUGG